AUGGGAAUACACUGCGAGAUGAAUUUAUUUAAUCCUCCCGAUGGAACCUUUGUGCCCGGCGAAACGGUGUCUGGUGUAAUUAAAUAUGCAGUAGACAGAGACACGGCCGUGAAAAGGAUUAUUGUAUCGCUAAAAGGCGGCGGAGUUCUCAGAAUCAGAAACACACAACGCAGACAACAGAACAGGCCGAAUGUUUUUUAUUGCUUCGAAGAGUACGUCGACAUUGAUAAUAUAAUACGGGAAGACGAAAAAGGAAUUUUACCGUUUGGAUGCUAUGAAACGAAUUUUAGUUUUACGGUACCGAAAAAUUUACCGCCUUCCUUCAAAUACAUGAAACAUUUGCCACAUCAUAUAGUGAAAUGCAAGAUAUCUUAUUUUGUUCGGAUAAAAUUCGAGAAACCGGGCUUAUUUAAAUUGAACAAGCAUUUCAGAUAUUAUAUUACUAUGUUGUCAGGUGUAACUCCCAAUCUACCAACGGUUCCGACUGUAUUUAGUAAAGAUAAAAACUUGUGCAGACUAAUAUCGAGUAGCCCUAGGACAGUUAAAAUCAGAGCGAACGUAGAGAGUUGCGUUUUAGCUCCUGGCACUAAAAUCGAACUUAACUAUGAAGUACACAAUAACACUAACCUCGUUAUAAAAGGUGUUGAAACAAAAUUGAUCGAAGUGCACUCGUUCAAAGCGAGAUCAAGUAGAAAAAUACAAAACUUUAAAGAUGUACCGGAUACAGAUACAAAAACGGCUUCCAUCAAUAGCGGUGAUCAUCAAACUAUGCUUAUAAUUAUGAAUCUUCCUCCUGAUAUAAUGUCAGUUGAAAAUUCUAAAAUAGUUCAAAGGGAAUAUGCAGUUAAGAUAACUGUGGAUCUUCCAAUGCCGCAUUUCAAUAUCGUGUUUGAAAUCCCUGUACAAAUCGGAUACAGGACUGACCUGAUUGAGGAGAGUGCCGCUAUCCCUAUUAAUGAGUUACCCCCUCCUUACUGGGCCAUUAUGGGCGAAGCCAACGGUUCUAGGGAAGACUUAGAUUCGAUUGAUAAUUUUUAA